AUGGUUGCCAGAGGAAUUGGUUCUUUGAGUGCCAAAUAUUGUAUACAUAUUGGUCAACAAUUCUGGGAAACCAUUUCACAGGAACACGGUAUUGAUACCACUGGUGCUUAUGCUGGUGACAACGAUCUCCAAUUGGAACGUAUCAAUGUUUACUAUAACGAAGGAUCUGCUGGCAAAUAUGUCCCAAGAGCUGUAUUGGUCGAUCUUGAGCCUGCUACCAUGGAUGCUAUUAGAAGCAGCCCAUACGGUAAACUCUACCGCCCCGACAACUUUGUCAACGGACAGUCUGGUGCCGGUAACUCCUGGGCCAGAGGUUACUAUACCGAGGGUGCUGAACUCAUCGAAGGUGUUCUGGACAUCAUCCGCAAGGAAGCCGAGCACACCGACUGCCUCCAGGGUUUCCAGCUCUGCCAUUCGCUCGGUGGUGGUACCGGAUCCGGUCUUGGUUCUCUCUUGCUAUCCAAGAUCCGCGAAGAGUACCCCGAUCGUAUGUUGUGCACUUACUCUGUCGUACCCUCGCCAAAGGUCUCUGAUACCGUUGUCGAACCCUACAACGCCGUCCUGUCUGUUCACCAGCUGGUCGAGAACUGCGACGCCACCUUCUGUAUCGACAACGAAGCCCUUUAUGACAUCUGCUUCCGCACCCUCAAGCUGACCAACCCUGGCUACGGCGAACUCAACCAGCUCGUGUCUGCCGUCAUGUCCGGUGUCUCGACCAGUCUGCGUUUCCCCGGUCAGCUCAACUCUGAUCUGCGCAAGCUGUUUGUCAACAUGGUCCCCUUCCCCCGUCUGCACUUCUUUAUGGUCGGCUUUGCACCCUUGACUGCCUUUGGCUCGCAGCAGUACCGCAACCUCAGCGUGCCCGAACUGACGGCCCAGAUGUUCGAUGCCCGCAACAUGAUGGCUGCAUCCGACCCUCGUCACGGUCGCUACUUGACUGUCGCCACCAUCUUCCGCGGCCGCUUGUCGACCAAGGAAGUCGAGAACCAGAUGUUGGCUGUCCAGCAGAAGAACUCGUCCUAUUUUGUUGAAUGGAUCCCCAACAGUGUCAAGACCUCCCUGUGCGACAUCCCUCCCGUUGGCCUCAAGAUGUCUGGCACUUUCAUCGGCAACAGCACUGCAAUCCAGGAGCUCUUCAAGCGUGUUAACGACCAGUUCAGCGUCAUGUUCAGACGCAAGGCAUUCAUGCACUGGUACACUUCCGAGGGUAUGGACGAGAUGGAAUUCACUGAAGCCGAGUCCAACAUGAACGAUUUGGUGUCCGAGUACCAGCAGUACCAGGAAGCCACUGCCGAUGAGGAGUAUCUCGAAGAAGAAGACUACCUUGAGGAGGAUGAAGUUCUUGAGGAGUAAUGGAAAAAAAAAGAAAUAUUUAGAAGAUGGAAAUAGAAAUAUUCCCCCCCUUUUUCUUUCUUUCUUGCUUUCUUGCUUUAUCUCUCUCUCUCUUCCUCCUUCUUCUUCUUCUACUACUACUACUACUUCUUUGAAUUUUUUUUUCCUUUUCUUUAUCUUUAAACCUUCAACCCACUUUAUAUACACAAGCUCUCAAUUCUUACAAAUUAUGCACUACAAAUUACACCUAUACACACACAAAAUAUUCAAUUAGGUUUUUUUUUUCUUCUUUUUAUUUCCUUUUUUUUUUAUAUACAAAUAUCAAAUACAAUUUUUUUUAACAAAAAUU